GAUUCAAAUCAUGCAGCGCUCAUCGAUAAGGCUCGUUGGAGGCUUGUACUUGCGGGCAGAUGCAUCACGAAUGCUGUUCAAACGACACAUUGCAUUCACCCCGAAGAAGGGAUUCUCUAAGAGCAGCGGAGCAAACAAAAACAAAAUGGGAUCGGGACAAAAUGUUGGUGGUACGACCAAUCGCAUGGAGACCAGCACUGUGGAAGCUUUCAAGAGGGACAUGGCGAAGCCGCGGCGCUUAGUGCGUGAGGACAACAUGUGGAGCGACCCACAGCAUAUGGAUACGAGAUGGCUGCGUCCGCGCGAUCCCCGACGCUAUAAGCCCGACUUUGGCCAGACCGAGCCGCACACGUUGCGCGAACAGUUUAUGCGGAGCCCGGACGAGCGCACACGCAACGCGAUGGGACGCGACUGGGAGGUGGCGAUGCGGGUUGCGGCCACCAGGAGGCGGCAGGCAGCCAAUGUCAAGCCAGAUCAGGAUAUGGUUUACAUGAGGUCUAAACAGGAACUGGGUCCGCCGCAGGAGUAGGCAAAUGAGUAUGUGGAUGCGUACGAAAACAGCUAUUGGACCUGAAAUUGCCUAGAUCGUUGUCCAUAUGUUUCGAUUCACCGCUUCCCCCACACCAUAUCAUAUUCCUCGGACAAAGCCCCAUCAACACGUGUAAUCAUAAUUGGUUAAUAACGAUUGGGUUGAUGAAACCGUAAAUGACCUCAACAAAUUUCGACUUAAGCAUGCUCUCUCGUAGCACCCAAACACACGUCUCACACCUGCAAUUAGAUACAAGAAUCCAUUAACUCAUGGUGCACUGUCGUGCAUCGAAAAUCCGACCACUCCAAUCAAUGAAUCGAAUCAAGUUUUGCAAAGAUUGUUUCAGAGCCAAGAAUUUGAACGGAACAACGCCUAUGUAAUGCGGACGCAAAGUGGCGAAAGCCCAGAAUGUAGAUAGGUAGUAAGUUUUUCAUUUAUUUGGACCCCAACAUGUGAAGCUGUAUGCGAUGGUCAGCUCUUCAAUACAACAUUGAU